ACCUUAACGAUAAGAAUCGAACACCGGUUAACAGGGUCGACUGCCAGGCCACAACAACAAUCUCCUGCAAGAUUUUAGUGACACAAUUUAGCAACCAAUUUUUUAGGGUGAUAGUGUCAUGUCUCAGCCAUUACCACAGCAAGGCUACUCACAGCCAUCACCAGAUCAGUUUAAGCCGGUGUUCAACCAGGAUGAGCUGAGAGUCCUCCGAGAAUGCAACAGAGAAUCAUUUUACUUCCGCAGUCUUCCCAUUGCUGCAGCUCUUUCAACAACAGCGUUUGUGGCCAUGAGGCAAGGAAUUGUGAGAGUGAGUCAAAAGUUUGGCUACAUCCCAAAGAUGUUGGGAGCAACGUUUGUUGGCUAUUUUUUGGGGAAAAUCUCAUAUCAAAAUGCAUGUGCAGAAAAGUUAAUGCAACUGCCCAACAGUCCAGUAGGUGAAGCAUUACGUAAGAGGAAGGGACGACUUGGGUUUCAGGAAACGCUUGGCAUGGAGCCAGGAUUCUCUGUAGCAUUUCCAUCCAGUGAAACAAGUUCUGGUACGGAGACCCCCAUCUUUGAUGACCACAGACCAGAUGUGCGAGAUCACAACGAGGGUCUGCACGACUAUGAGCGAGGAGUUACUGACUCACUGACCCCCUACACGGAGGCCUCUUCUAGCUUACCUCAGCAGCACACAAGUUACCAGGAGCUUAGACGCCAGAACCGUGAGGAAUACAUCAACAAAAUGGCUGAAAAGUAUCGUAGACCUUCCACAGAUCCUUUACCAGAGGGAGGUAGCCCACCUCAUAUAGAAGAGUCUCAGCCCCCACAGCCAGUGUACAGACCACCACCACGAACCACUGUGAGAAAGAAUCAGUACGGAGAUGAAGUCUAUGAAAAUUAGAUUUAGUUGACUGCAUGCGUAAGUACAGUCCGUAUGCGGGUUCAUAAAUACUUUUACCGUAUAAACAGUUUGUACAGUUUUUGUUGUACAUUUAUUCAAUUACUUUUUCAUCGAUAAUCAGAAUGUUAAUAACAAUAAAAAUAGAAGAUAAAUCCAAGCAGUUAGUACUGUAUGGAUCAGUAAUAUUUUGUGGACAGUAAAAACUUGCAUCAAAAUGAUUGUACUAUAUAGAAAAUGAACAGAGUUUUGCAGUAGUUCCUUAUAUCAAGUCUUAUAACAUUAUUUAUUUUCUCUUAUACAAUUAAGGUAAAAUAUUUUACAUGAACCAAUAAUAAGGUCGGUAGAAACAAGUGCUUGUGUCAAUUAUCCAUUAUGAAAACCUUAACAGAUAAAGUAUGUAUCCCACAAACAGGGCAGCAAUACCUAGGUGUAGGAGUAAGUUGGUCAGGGUCCUAGAGUAACUUGUUACUGUACUGUACAGUACUGUACUUUGGUUAUCGCGUUUUUCGUUAUCAUGCACUCGGCAGGGUCAUAAUUAGGCGUGAUAACCAAGAGAUGACUGACUGACUAAUAAUAACCAAAAAUAAACAUAAAAACGAAAAAAUAAAUCAAGAGUGAGAAACGAGAUACAUUAUCUAUUUUGUGUUGUCCAAACAAGAGAAACAAUUAAGACCCUGCAAUUGUGUGUAAAUGAAGCAGAAAGUCAGAUCGGCAACCUGGGACUUGGUCACAAUUUUCAUGAUGCCAUAUGGCAGCAGGGUCUACCAUUAGACAACACAUUAUGCUUCCAAUACCUUCCAAGGCAGUACUACCUCCGUUUAGUAGCUGCUGGUUCAGGAGAGUAGAGUAGAAUGAUCUCCGUAGCCACGCCUAUGCGUAUUUAUACUAAAUACGGCGGCCCAGGAUCAGAGACACGAGGUGUGAACUGUGUAGGGCCAAUCACCAUGCAGUAUGCGUGAGACGGCUGGUGCGCUGAUCCUGGAUGGUAAAUGGAAGGUCAAGACAAGGUCGGCGAUCGUACUCCUACGUUCGCACCCGACACCUAGUCUGUCGACGUCGCUGGCUGUAAGCUGAUUAGCUUGUAAGCGAACGGCCAGUGAUCAGUCUGCAGUUGUAGAGGAGAGUAUUCACUACAAUACCCCCCCCUCACCUCCAGGCGCAGCAGGAGAUUUGUCAUUGGCCGGGUUGUAUCCCACAUGUGAGACAUAAUGGGCAGGGGUUUGGACGACUGGGCCGCUAUGGGUGACGACUCCGUCUAGUGACACAAAACCUGUGGGAGAAGCAGAGGGUCGCUGGUUGGGACGUCUAGGUCCACGUCAGGAGCAGUGUCCACGACAGAAGCAGGGCCCACGACAGGAGCAACCCCAAGUUUCCCAUUUUACGACCAUUUAGACCCACUAAAUAUAUAUAUAAUGUUAUGGUAAAUAUCAUAAACACACAUAGGCAUGGCUAGGUUUAUUACAAUAUGAUGAAAAGGGUAUGCUCUAUACUGCAGUCCACAAAACAUGUAGCUAUGUCUUUCUUUAUUUGA